UGUCGAUUUUUUCAUCCCUCUUCACCCCAAGCUAUUUCUAGUAGUCAGGAAAACGACUAGUGUAGUGCAGAAUCUCUAACCCUGGCUGAUAGGCCGCGAAUUGUUUUUCUUCACAAGAAGCUGUAUCAUAGACAAGAGAGAUGAAGGACGAUAAGCCUUUACCGCCUACCUGCCGGCCAUUGUUACCACAAUCCGCAGUUAGUCCGGAGGGUGAUGUCGCUCAGAAAGAUGAAGGUGUCAAAAUGCGUAAAGAACUUGGCCUGCUAGAGGGAACUGCAAUCAUUCUCGGAAUUAUCAUGGGCUCAGGGAUUUUCAUUUCACCAAAGGGUGUUUUGAAAGAUGCUGGUUCAGUGGGUUUUUCACUGAUCGUCUGGGUUCUUUGCGGUUUGCUCUCUUUGAUCGGCGCUAUGUGUUAUGCUGAGCUGGGCACUGCCAUUCCACUUUCAGGUGGAGACUAUGCUUACAUCAAUAGAGCAUUUGGCCCGUUGCCCGCCUUCCUCUUUCUGUGGGAUGCCAACUUGAUAUUUGUACCUACAACGAAUGCGAUUAUGGGAUUGACAUUUGCUAAUUAUGUAAUUAAACCGUUUUUUCCUGAUUGUGAAAAUCCAGACGAUGCCGUACGACUUUUGGCUGCUGCAGCCAUAUGUUUCUUGACGUUCCUCAAUUCCUAUGACGUACGUGUUACGACCAAAUUGCAGGAUGUAUUUAUGUUCUCGAAAAUCGGUGCACUGGGCAUAGUCAUUGUAACAGGUUUGUAUGCCUUAUUCACGGGUGUAAAUGACAAUUUUUCUCCUGAGAAAGUUUGGCAGAAUACAGCAACCGAUCCUGGUCAAAUUGCCGUUUCAUUCUAUUCCGGAAUUUUUUCAUACUGUGGAUGGAACUAUUUAAAUUUCAUGACGGAAGAGUUAAAAGAUCCUUAUCGAAAUCUUCCUCGCGCCAUUUACAUAUCGCUACCCUUGGUGACGGGUAUUUACGUGUUAGCCAACGUAGCUUAUCUCGGAGUGCUGACUCCUACCGAGAUGCUAUCAUCUGAUGCCAUCGCGGUGACUCUUGGAGACAAAAUGUUGGGAAUGAUGAACUGGUUGAUGCCUGUCUGCGUUGCCAUGUCCGCAUUUGGCGGGCUGUCAGUUCAUAUCAUGACGAGUUCCAGGUUGUGCUUCGUGGGGGCUCGACAAGGUCAUCUCCCAGACAUGCUGGCUCUUAUUAACAUUCAGAAACUUACCCCUGCACCAUCUCUAAUUUUCCUUGGUAUUAUUUCUUUAGUAAUGCUCUGCACUAGUGACGUAUAUACCCUCAUUGAUUAUGCUGCAUUCGUUGAAUCCAUGUUUCUGAUGUGGUCUGUUGCGGGGUUGCUAUGGCUACGUUACAAGGAACCUAAUCUCCACAGACCCAUUAAGGUAUCUUUGUUCUUCCCUAUCGCCUUCCUAUUGAUCUGUGGCUUCCUGGUAUUUAUGCCCAUCUACGUUCGACCAUACGAAGUGGGUGCCGGUCUUCUAAUCACAGCUACAGGAAUCCCUGCCUAUUUCAUUGGCAUUUAUUGGGAAAACAAACCUAACUGGUUGAAAUCUUUAUCUAGAUCCGCUACGUGUACAGUACAGAAGCUAACCAUGGCUGUAAAGGAAGAGUAAAAACCUUAUACAGAAAUAUUCUU